UUGACUGCCGCUGCAUCAGAACAAAACUGACACAGACUUGCAGACACAGUGCUUUUUGGCAAGAGGACCGACGAAUGGAGGAGCCAGGACCAUCAGACCAGCGACCUCAUGCUUCUAACAAGAACUGUGCCUAUGAUGUCUGUUUCAGUAUUCGUAUCCAUCCUUCAAGUUGUGAUGCCCAUGCCUUCCUUUUCCUAGAACGCGCAAAAGAUCUGUGCGCAUUUCAUUCACAAGGCAUCCGUGAAGCGUUGCAAAUUGCAAGAAACAAAGUCAGUCUUCUAGGAAUAUUCCGAGACAGGUCUCAUCUACAUAAGGCCCACAUUGAUGCUUCACAAGAAAGGAAGGCAAGAGAAGGAGAUAGAAGUACAGUGUCCUUUGAUCAGAACAGAAGGAAAAGGGCAAUAGGCAGCUUGAGCAGCAUGGCUUCCUUCUGGCACAUCUCUAUCAUUGUCCUUGUACUGCUUUUCGGGGGAUCCAAAGCCCAUCCAGGUGCACCUCCCCGUAGCCAGCUGGAUGUAAACCACAAGAAGGCACUACAGACAUUUAGACCUUACAACAUUGCCCACAGGGGCUCAAAUGGUGAAUUACCCGAAGAAACAGAGGCAGCCUACUUGAGGGCUAUCGAAGAAGGUGCAGACUUCAUCGAGACUGAUAUACUUGCGUCAAAGGAUGGGCAUCUUAUAUGUUUUCAUGAUGUAACACUGGAUGCAACAACCGAUGUCGCAAACCGUACCAAAUUCUCCGAUAGGAAGAGAACCUAUGAAGUCCAAGGAGAAAAUGUGACUGGAUGGUUCGUUGUGGACUUCACUCUUAAAGAGCUUAAAUCAUUGAGGGUGAAACAACGGUACAGUUUCAGGGACCAACAGUACAAUGGGAAGUACCAGAUUAUUACAUUUGAGGAGUAUGUCUUGAUUGCACUUUACGCCAACAGGGUAGUCGGAAUAUACCCUGAGAUCAAGAAUCCAAUUUUCAUCAACCAGCAUGUCAAGUGGUCGAAUGGAAAGAAAUUUGAGGAUAAGUUUGUUGAGACACUAUUAAAAUAUGGCUACCAAGGUGAAUACAUGUCUGAACAUUGGCUCAGGCAGCCCGUGCUUAUUCAAUCCUUCGCUCCAACUUCACUCAUUUACAUCUCGAAUAUGACAAACUCUCCGAAAGUAUUCCUAAUUGAUGACACAACAAUUCCAACUCAAGAUACAAAUCAGUCGUACUAUGAGAUAACUUCAAAUGCUUAUCUUGCAUUCAUAAGGAAAUAUGUGAUUGGGAUUGGGCCGUGGAAGGAUACAAUUGUUCCUCCGAAAGACAACUACUUAGGACAGCCGACUGAUCUCGUCGCACGAGCACAUGCUCUUAAUCUUCAGGUGCACCCAUACACUUUCAGAAAUGAGAAUUGUUUCUUGCACUUCAACUUCCAUCAAGAUCCUUAUGUUGAAUAUGAGUAUUGGCUCAAUGAGAUCGGUGUCGAUGGGCUGUUCACUGAUUUCACCGGUAGUUUGCACAUGUACCAAGAAUGGACUACACCAUACCCAAAGAAGAAGAAUGCGGAAGCACUCUUGCAUGAGAUCGCAAACAUGCUGAAGGAUGAUGGAUACUGAACACAGGUUGCCUAGUCCGUGCCUUAUUCCUUUUCAGUUUUGUGUAAUUCUUGCCACCACCAGAAAGCACUGUUUUGUGUUUACCCCUCUCUGUAACAGUUACCAAUAAAGAACGGAGGGAUCAUAGGAGAUAAACUAGUUGCAUGGCAAUCAUUGGUGUAUAAACUAGUUGAUGUACACUUAUCUCAACAAAAGGACAUUUUCUAGUGGAACCUACAUGUGAAUGACAA